AUGGAUGGCGAAAGGGCGGCCACGUCCAUCUGUGAGCUGUUGGAAAGAUGGGCAUAUACACAACCAGAUCACGUAGCCAUCUCUUUGGGAUCGAGGAAUAUCUCCUAUGGGCGGCUUGAUGCUGCGGCGUCUCAUAUUGCUGGGCUUUUACGGCAGCAGCAGGUGCGGCCAGGAGACUUUGUCCCUGUGCUGGCUACGCACAGUAUCGAGAUGGUUGCCUGCUUUUUCGGCGUCAUCAAGUCCGGGGCAUGUUAUGUUCCUAUCGAUAUUGAAGCAUGGCGUGAGGAGCGCAUAGCCACAGCCCUGAAGAGAGUCUCUGCGCGACUGGUGAUCGAUCUGGGCGCGCCGACCCGGGCUGCGCAUCCCCCACUGUACAGUGUUGUACCUUGCGCCGACAUCACAGCAGCGUUCGAGCAUGACAUUCGAUUCUCCCAGUAUCACGGCCACCCAGGAACUCAACUCUCCGACCUCGCCUACAUGAUCUUCACUUCGGGAACGACCGCGGCGCCGAAGGGGGUCAUGAUACCUCACUCAGCCAUUCUUAACUACGCGCUUCAGGGCGACGACGAGACCCCAUUCAACUUCAAUGCCAACCCAAGCGAUCGAGUCCUGCACUUGUUCUCCCCCGGCUUCGAUGCCUGUGCGGGCGUCAUGGUUUCGGCGCUCUACAACGGGGCGCAACUGGUUAUUGCCGGCGCGCACGAUCUGUUGGAGUGCGCAGCCCGCUCAACCAUCCUCGUGGCCACCCCUUCGGUGCUGGCAGCCUUGGGAGAACCAGAGGCUGCUGGCACUCAGGCUCGGACCGUCAUCUUGGGCGGUGAAGCCCCGUCUCUAUCGUUGUUGCAGAAGUGGUGGGCUCCCACCCGCAGUAUCUACAACGCGUACGGGCCGACAGAGACCACCGUCAUGUCGAUGAUCGGCCGCGCCGUGCCUGGGAGGCCUGUCACGCUCGGCCAGCCCAUGAAGAAUUCCCGCGUGGUGCUGCGAUUGGACGGCAACGAUGCGGAAUUGGACGACUGCGACUUCGGCGAGAUGUGCAUCACAGGGCCCGGAUUGGCUGUGGGCUUUUAUCAGAACGAGGCGCUCACCGCAGAGAGAUUCAUCACCUUGAAGAGCGGCGAGAGGGCGUAUCGGACCGGGGAUUUCGCUAGGCGGACGGAGCAUGGUUUUGAGUUUGCGGGUCGCAUUGACAGCUUGGUCAAGAAACACGGGUUUCUGAUCAAUCUGGAGGCGCAGGUCAUCCCUGCCCUGCUCGCACAAGGCGCCUCUGAGGCUGCAGCCUUCAUGCACCAGAAACAGCUGGUAGGCAUUGUCACCCCGGAGAGUCUGGAUGUGCGAGAGAUGCGGGAGGUCUUGUCGCGCAAGCACGAAGACUACUUGGUGCCAGAUCAAAUGCGAGCCUUGCACGCCCUGCCACUGACGGCCAACGGCAAGGUUGAUACUCACGCCCUGCAGCGUCUGCUGGCGAUGGAGGAGCGCAAGGUGCAGAAGCAUCUGCACCUGGAUCAGGUCGAGUGUUCACACGGCCCCCGUGCACGCAUGUCCAGAAUGGAGACAUUGAAGGGAGCCGUUGCCGCUGCAGUCUCGCUACCCCUCGACUGUAUUGUCGAAGACUGUUCCUUUUGGGAGCUGGGCGGAAACUCUCUCGCAGCUAUUCGAUUGCUCGCGUUGCAAGAGAUCGAGGCAGAGGGGGACGCUGGUGCUCCCCAGGAUCAGUAUGAAGGGCAGCUCUCGCAGGGGCUCAUGACGAGUCUGCAGACCAAGAUCGUGCAGGAUAGCCUCCGAACGCCGGGGCUCAACUACAUGCUGCUGCACCUCCGAAUUCCUGGUUUCCCGGCAGCUCCUUCCGAGCUCGAGAGCAUGAAGGCCGCGUGGCAGCAAGCGUUGCAGCGACACUCCACAUUCCGCACCUCGUUUCUACUCAAGGGCGGCAGAAAAUCUGGCCUCAGGCAGCUUAAGGCUGACGAGUCCUCGGAGGAUUCCUACCUUCCUGUGAAUGCGUUUCGACUCAUCACUGUGCCAGACCAAGCGUCGACGCUUUUAUGGGCGGUGCAUCAUGCUCAGGUCGACGGUUGGUCCCUCAGCAUUGUCAUCAACGAUGUCCAGGCCAUUCUGCACGGUAGUGGUCGCAGUGCUCUACCUCCAUGCUUGAGCCCGGAGGACCCAUCCAUCAGACUCGUGUCGGUGCAGAGGCAGCUCCAAGGUGAUCCCGCUGGAUUUGCUUUCUGGACUCGGGUUCUUUCAGACAAUCAGGCCGCGUUCCUAGAGCUGCCUCUCGCGAAAGGUCGGUCUCCAUCCCGCUCAUCAUCCUCACCCUCUACAGGCUGGAUGAGCAACCAUACGUUGUCCAUGGACCUCAGCAUUCGUGACUUCGAGAAGGCCGCCCGUCGCUUCCGGGUUGUUCCGUCUGCUCUGAUGUAUCUGGCCUGGGGCCUGGUGCUCUCCGACUACACCCUUUCGGACCAUGUAGCCUUUGGGGCCGUCUUCUCGGGUCGCAAUCUCACCACCAAGGCCGUGCCAGGGGUCGCCAUGGACUUGGACGUGGAACGUGCCGUCGGCCUGCUGAUUAACAUGGUCCCCUUUCCCAUUCAAUUUGGAACCGGGCAGCAGACCAUAUCCGAAUGUGCAACAUCCGUCCAUAAUCACCUGCUGGAGACGAUGGAGUUUCAGUGGUCUGCUACCGAGGCGAUGGCUACCAUGAGAGGAGAGAGCAUCAACGGCAUCUUGCAUACCGUCCUCGCCACCGAGUACGACGUGCCGCCCCUGCGCGGGGACUGGUCUGUCGAGCACCAGGACCUUUUAGUGGAGUUUGGCCUGUCGCUGAUGGUGGAGAAACAGGGUUCAGAUGGGCUCCGCGUCCGUGGGUACUUCGAUGCCAGCCGGUACGCUUCGCCGGUGGUUUCUAGCGUUUUGCGACACUUUCGAAACGCCUUGAAAGGCUUUGUGGACCCCCGGAACAUGUACAUCCUGGAUGUGCGUCUGGGACUGUUGGAGGGGAGCGAGAGGGCAGCCCUAAUUCGGCCCCCGGCUACCAUGGCCCCGUACGGCGUGCCUCGCACCGUCAAGGAGGCACUCGAAGCUGCUGCUGCCCAGUGGCCCAACCUGUGCGCCCUCGAAUCUGCACAAGACGGCACGAUGUCGUAUGGAGAGCUGGAUGAGGCAUCUAAUAAGCUUUCCAGGAUGCUGCGAAGCCUCAUGGAGGGGAAGGCGCCUGGAAAAGUCGUUGUUGGGGUCUUGACCGAUCGAUCGCUCCCUUGGGUCGUGGCGGUUGUGGCGGUCCUUAAGGCUGGCUGUGUCUGCUGUCCCCUGGACGUGACUUUCCCGGAACGGCGCAUAAUGACGAUGGUCAAGCAAAGCGGUGCCUCGAUCUUCCUCGCCGCCAAUCGACACUGCAGCCGACAAUUCGGGAGUGAGGCAUGCAUCGUGGUGGACGAGUUUCUGCAAGGCGCUGCACAACAUGAGGCGACAGCUGUGGAGACCAUCACGCACACGGCCGAUGUGAUCUAUUGGAUCUUUACUUCAGGAACAACCGGCGCCCCAAAGGGCGUUCCCCUGCAUAACCUCAACAUUCUGCAGGUUAUCGAGAACCCCGAUGUUCGCCUUGCCGCGGCGCCUGGUUCCGACAUCGCUACCCUGGAGAUGUUUGGCACUCUCUGCUAUGGAGGUACCCUGGUACUCAAAGAACAUGCGGACCCGUUCGAGCAUUUGAAACGCUUGCAGGCCUCCGUCGUGACUCCCUCAGUCCUCUCGGCAUGCCUUCCUGCGGACUAUCCGCUUCUCGACACCGUUGUGAUCGGGGGUGAGGCGGUGCCGCAGUCCAUGGCCGAACUAUGGGGUGCUGGACGCAGCCUGAGAAAUGGCUACGGUCCGAGCCACGCCCUUCCACGCGUCAGCGUGUACGUGCUCGACCACCGACAGUGUCCAGUUGCUCAGGGAAUUACAGGCGAGAUUUGCAUCUCGGGGGCGCAGAUGACCCGCGGUUACUGGGGGGAAAGCGCCCAGGACGAGGCGCGGCACGUCCCCAACCCAUUCGCCGCGUCGCAGGCCCAGCAGCUCCUCUUCUACACUAGUGACCUCGGAUAUUGGGACAACGACAUGAGACUUAGCUAUGUCGGCCGCAUCGACAAUCAGGUCAAGAUCCGCGGGUUCCGGGUCGAGCUCGCGGAGAUCGAGCAAGCUAUCCUCGCCAGUGAUCUCGACCCUUGCGUCCAGACUGCCGUGGCCAUAGUUGUGGACGAUCAUGCCGAAGAUGGAGGCGAAAGUGACACCGGAGAGUACGCGGGAGAUAGGAAGCGCGUCGUCUGCUUUGUAGCGCUGCAAACCGUCAAUCUGGCGGCCUUGCGUUCUGGGAUUUCCGCCGUGUUGCCCUGCUAUAUGCGGCCGUCGCAGCUGAUAGCAUUGCCGGAGCUUCCCACGACUUCCAACUACAAGGCAGACCGCAAAGUCCUUGCGGCCCUGGCAGCAUCCCACUGGUCUGGCGCGUUUCUCACUGCCAUCGAAGACUCGAUUCAGGAAGAUAGUGACCCUGAGCACGAUGAGACUGGGCUUACCACCACCGAGAAAAUGAUUAGCACAACCUGGAAGGAGCUGCUCCACUUAGACCCGCGGGUUCAAUUACAGAAAGAACAAGAUUUCCUUACAAUCGGAGGGAACUCGGUUCUGGCUAUCAGAGCCGCUCGACAGCUGGCUUCCUUGGUCGGCCGACACGUCCCAGUGGCGCUCCUCCUACGUUCGACGACCCUUAAAGAGCUAGCCCUCGCUAUCGACGAGUAUGGCACCCCCCGGCUGUCGGCAAAUCUUGAGACAGAAUCGUUUUCAGCUUAUCUUUCCUCGCCACUCUCGCAUCCGGUGUCGGGGGACAUCGUGUCGAAGUCGCCCCACUUGUCGUACCUGGAGGAGGAGCUCUUCUACUCCCACCAAGCAUCAGACACCAGAUGCGCCUUCAAUACCGUUAUUCAAAGCGUUCUGAGCGGCGCGAUCGUAACAAAGGCUCUUGUCGAAUCCUUCACGGCUGUUCUGUGCGAGAACCCCAUCUUACGAGCGCGGUAUCCCACCGAUGCGCAGGGACGUCCUUACCGUCUCAUCAGUAAUGAUGUUACCGAUGCAUUAUGUAUUGCCGGCAACGAGUGGAGUGAUGAGAAGAUGCAGGCUCUAGCCGACAGGCCAUUCGAUUUGGCCAGAGAUCAACUGGUGAGGCUGGUGAUCUGGAACCGAAGAGACGACAGCGGUAGCAAAGACAGUCAAAUGAAGACCGUAGAGAUGACAGUCAUCACCCAUCACAUAAUCACAGAUCGAGCGUCGCUCUCACUACUGUUGCAAUUGAUGGGCCGCCACUACCAGGCGCUCCGAGCCCACAGCCUCUCCGGCGAAACUGCAGCCAUUCCCUCUUCGAGAAGGCAGAAACCCAAGCACCGAGAGACAGAUUCUGCGGAGUGGUCACAAUGGCUGCAGACCCAUCAGCAGACGCCGUGCGCACAGAUGCAGCAGCAAAAGAAAAUUGCCUUCUGGAGGGACCUCCUGCGCAGUUGGCAGCACACACGCAUCCUACCAUCCCACGAUCCGUGUCUCCGGCCACACGGUCCAUCGCCAGAAAUGGUGGUACAUUAUCGGGGAGCAUCCGAGCACCUCCCCAUCGCGCGCCCCUGCGGAAGCUCCGAUGGGCCCUCCUAUUCCCAGCGGUUUGCUGUUGCCGCAACGGCUCUGGCUCUCCGCGCCGUCUUCGCCACGGGCGAUGUCACUCUGGCCAUCCCGUACAUGAACCGCGAUGAUCCGGCCACGGCCGACAUGCUGGGGCUGUUCGUGGACCGGCUCCCGAUUCGACUGGACCUGUCGGUUGCCGACCUGGCGAGCGCGCCCGCAUUGCUCGACACAAUAGCCUCGGCCACCCAUCGCGCCAUCGAGCACCAGAUCCCCUACGCGCAGAUCCGAGACGAGUUCUCAUCGCCCCACGAGCAUUUCAUCGAGGCCCUGGUCAUCUACAAUUGGCAUUCCGAUGCGUUAGACCGAGCCUGGGAUCUCGGGCCCGGGGUGCAGGUGACCCCCUAA